UUGGCUGUAGUUUGAAAGAAAGUGCUCCAAAAUUUUAACUUUCAUUUAAUUUGUACUUUUAAUUUUCAUUUUAUUUUGUUUUUUCUGCUUCUCGACUUUCACAGAGUGAUCGUUCAGUGUCUGUGGGUGAAGUUCAACAUACAAUGGCAGAAAAACCCUUGACAGACUGGGACAGUGGUCUCCUUGACUGCUUUGAGGAUGCAAAUACUUGCUGCUAUGGAUUCUGGUGCUGCCCCUGUCUCGCCUGCACUGUUUCAGGAAGAUUUGGAGAGAACAACUGUCUCCCUUUAUGUGAUAUAUGUGGCUCUGGUGUAUUAGCAGCCUUUGGGAUACCUGUUUGUGUUCCUCCUGCAGUUUUGUCUGUAAGAGCUGCCAUGCGAAACAGAUAUGGCAUCAAGGGCUCUCUCUGUAAGGACAUUGUAAUUUCCUGCUUCUGUGAGUGGUGCUCCUGGUGUCAGAUGCAUCGUGAGUUAAAGCAUCGCAAGAAAGCGCCAACUGUCAUCAACUUACACAAUAACACGGUCAUCAACAUGCAGCCUGUUCCAACUGUCCAGCCAGGAGUGAUGAUGAUGCCUGCGCAACCAGUUGCAACUGGUUUCAUGACUCAACCAGCAGUUGUCAUUCACCAAAAGUGAAACUGAGAGAUCUGAUGUUACUCAGGGUAUUAACUUGUGAAAGCAGAGAAUGUAAUCAUUUAGUAUGGUAAAUGCUUACUAAUGACUUCCUAGUUUUCAAGAAAAUUAAGAGAGUUAACAUAAAUGAUGGGAAUGAUGAUUUGCCCAUUUGAAGUUUGGUUACAAAUGUAAAUGUACUUUAUUGUUUAC